UGCUUAGAUGAUGCGCAUCUGUGUCGUUAUCAGGAUCAGGAUCAGAAUCAGCUACGCUUCUUUACAUGUUGUCCAUAUAACUAUUUCUACAACGUGAGGCGUUCCGAGAUCUAUGCUGCACGAGGGGUGGCUGUCAACUUGUUGAAAGCUCUGAAAGCUCGGAGGCGAGAGGGGAGCACAACACGUACGAUCUAUGUUGAGCUGAGACAUCAGCUUGAAGAUUCACGCACAGGGCAAGCUUUAGCCUUUCAUAGGCUUAGAUCUACCCAUCACCCUCCCCCCUUCGAAGGACUAGAUUACCUUUACUGUUGAGAAAGGUUUUUAGGCUUUCUAAAGGGGAUCGUAUUAUUAGCGAAAAAAUCACGGACCUACUUAGGAGGACUUCCAGCUGCACGGAAUAACCAAUACCUUCCUUUGGGAGCCUGUAGAGAUUGACAUGGCGGCCAAUGAUUCAGGAUCCGAAGUGGACAACAAGUCUUGGAGCUGCGCCGAUGUAGUAUCCAAGAAUACCUACGCUCAGUACAUGUUCGUCUAUGCCAUUGGUCCAGUUUGCAUCAGUGGUAUCAUACUGAAUGUUCUCAAUAUCAAGACCUUCACCAAGAUAAACAAGGACAAACUGCUUGGUGUUUACCUGCUGCGAUGUCUGGCAUAUUCCGACAUAACCGUACUCAGUACCUCCUUCAUCAUAUUCUCUCUACGUCGCCUCUUGGGACAGAUCAUAACCGGAGAUCACGUUUUUCAUGCAAUUUACGGGGAGUUUGAGAUCAUACCGCACUUGUACUAUGCGUUCGUGAUACCGUACUUCAUCAGCUUGCAAGUGCGAAAUCAUAUGAUGGUGCUUGUUGCUCUUGAGAGAUUUUUGAAACUGACUUUCCCUCUGAAGGCAAAGACGAUCUCAACUCAAGGUAACGCCAAUAAGGCCAUCGUCUUUGUUAUAAUCCUAGCGAUAGGAUGCAACAUCUGGCGGUACUGGUGGUUCUAUUUCACCACAGAAGGCGAGGGGGACAACCCAUGUUUUCCCAGUGGCAUAACAAGGCUCAAGAAACAUCCAGAAGGAGACGAGGCCGAUCGAAUGGUCUACUUAACUAUUAUGUUCGUUGCACCACUUGGACUUUUGUUACUCUUGAAUAUAGUCGUCAUAACUUCUUUGAUGAAGUCCCUGAGUAGAUCCCAACAGCUUUCAAAGACAAAUGACAAAAGUCAGGCAGCUCAACACCAGUUGUCUUUGAUGACAGGUUGCAUCUGUACGCUAUUUUUCAUAUGUGAGGUACCAGCCUGUAUCAACAGAAUUGUUGCUCCCAUCUUGGUCAAGAACUCCGUACUUUGGGAAAUAGGUGUUACCAUACGCAAGGCGGGUUUAAUGCUAAUAACAUUGGAUUCCUCGUCCAACUUCUUCAUCUAUUUGGUAACAAAUAGAAAAUUUCGGUCUAUUUUGAAUUGUUCAACAAAAUAAUUUGACCGCAUCGAUCUCUCUCGGACUAGUAACAAAUUAAUUGUCUACCACCGUUAGAACUUCGUAGCUAUUUUAGAUUUAGUCACUCUGUCCUCACGAUGUCCAAGUGAUGGGCAUUUAAACUAACUUCAUGUAAAAUUGUGAACAUCUUGGCAUUCAUACAGACUCGAGUGAAGAAUAGUUUAACAGGAGGCUCGGUGAUCGUCAAACAAGGACAAGUUGUAGAGUUUGUUGAACUCAUUACAGGCUUGAACGUCUUAUACAAAGAUAAUGGAUUUGUGUCGUUUUAUUUCUUUUCGUUUUUCAAUUCUAUCAACACAGUGGUAUUGUCUGCUCGCCAGGGGACUGGCCCCGCCAAGAUCGGCAGCCAGUCAAGGAGAUGGAAAACUCUGAUCCUGAUCAGGAAAUGCCCAUGGUCCAUCGACAUCGGCUGGGUGGCGUAGUUAAGAAUCAGGCACGUCGAUAAAUGUGGUCUGUCAAUUUCCCUCUGCCAUAUAACCUCUCUCCAAGCAUUCCCACCAAGUUAAUUUCACAUCCCUGUCAUUGCUGUCUAGUAUUGAGCCACCGUUCUCUCUACCUUAGCUUAACCCAGCCAGUCUCUCCCAGUGAAUAUAUGAAUCUCUGUCACUGAUGCUUAGCAUUGAGACACCAGGAGGGAAAUCACAUUGAUUGCAUUAUAAUGUUAUCUAGAGGAUGUCAGAAUAUCAUCCACGCGUCAUAUCACCUUGGGAAGUGCCAACCGACACGUCUCAGAUUCGACGCCUUUCAUUAUUGUUGAGGUCAAGGGAUGAGUAUUCGUAUACACAGGAGUUUCAAAUAUGCUGUGUUUUUCUUUUUCU